CGUCAAAUAUACUUGGUCUCCUUUGGCGGUUGUUCCUUCCCUUCACUGGAACAACUAUUUUUGUCUCCGCACUACUUCCUCCACCCUCUUACCACUGGAACAUCAUCUUCUCUUCCCAAGGAGAAAAAAAAAAAAAAAAAAAACACACCACUAAAGCGUCUAUUAUUAUCAUCGCUGUUAUUACACAUUUACCAUGGAGACUCUUCACGAGCGGCCACAGGCAAACUACAUGCCGGCUUCUCGUCAAAGCCGCAUGGCCAUUGAUUCUCUAUUAAAUCCAUCAUCAGAGAGAGAAAGUACGAGCUCUCGGAUGCAUUACAGCCACCCAGGACCACAACUGUCGCCUCUAUAUCCUCCCAGUCCCAACCAAUACUUUUAUUCCCCCUACUCAGAUGGCCACCACCCCUACGCAGAGAGUUCUGCAUCAUCCCAGGACGCAGCAUUUCUUCCUUAUCGACCUCGAUCGGCCGAGUCAUCGCCUGGCGCAUACUCGCGAGAGCGAUAUGACUCGGUUUCCAGCAGCUCCAGCAAUGCUCCAGAGCGACGUCGACCUCCUCGACCGAAGUACGAGGAAGAGGAAAUGUACUUCAUCUGGUACCACCGCGUGGACCUCUGCCAAGAGUGGAAAGAAGUACGUGAAAGCUUCAACCAACAAUUCCCUAGCCGGCAGCGCCGGGGCUUCCAGGGUAUCCAAUGCAAAUUCUAUCGCUUCAUCAAAGAAAAGAAGUGCCCAACCUUGCGAGAGCAACGGCGUCUCCGUGACGGUGACUUUCUUCGUGAGGGAGCGGGUCUUGCCGCUGAAUCGGGGGCCCCGCGAUUCGGUGUGGUUGACUGGGUGGGGAUAUGGUAUCCAUGGAUGCGUGAGUCGAAAGAGGAAGUUCUCAGAAGACGCAUACCCAGGUGAAGGUGAAAAUAAAAAAAGAAAAGAAGAGGAGAAAAAAGACCCUCCUUCACACACCUCCACUUCCUCACUCUUUCCUAAUGACCAUCCGACUCGACAAUUUUGAUGUCUUUGAAGAUUGUUUUCAUUUUUCUAUUAUUUUAUCUGGAAAUUCUCUGAUACAACUCACGGCCGUCUGAAGAUA